AUGGGCCUACACGAAGACGAAGACCGCAAGUUUGCGGAGGAUGUCGAGGCUGUCCAGAACUGGUGGAAGGACUCUCGAUGGCGCUUCACCAAACGUCCUUUCACAGCCGAGCAAAUUGUGGCCAAACGUGGAAAUUUGACUAUCAGCUAUCCCUCCGCCGUGCAGGCCAAGAAGCUUUGGGGUAUUUUGGAACAGAACUGGCAGAACAAGGAGGCCAGCUACACAUAUGGCUGCCUGGAGCCCACGAUGAUCACGCAGAUGUGCAAGUUCUUGGAUACCAUUUACGUUUCUGGCUGGCAGAGCUCUUCAACUGCCUCAUCCACGGACGAACCCUCCCCGGAUCUUGCAGACUACCCUAUGGAUACCGUCCCUCGCAAGGUCAAUCAACUCUUCAUGGCACAGCUUUUCCAUGACCGAAAACAGCGAGAGGAACGCAUCACUACCCCCAAGGACCAGCGCUCCAAAGUUGCCAAUGUGGACUACCUCCGUCCCAUCAUCGCAGACGCCGAUACCGGUCACGGUGGUCUGACUGCUGUGAUGAAGUUGACCAAGCUCUUUGUGGAGCGCGGCGCGGCCGGUAUUCACAUUGAAGAUCAAGCUCCCGGCACGAAAAAGUGCGGUCAUAUGGCCGGCAAGGUGCUGGUGCCCAUCAGCGAACACAUCAACCGUCUCGUUGCCAUCCGCGCUCAGGCCGAUAUCAUGGGCACCGAUCUCCUGGCCAUUGCUCGCACAGAUUCCGAGGCCGCCACACUCCUCACUUCCACCAUUGACCACCGUGACCAUGCCUUCAUUGUCGGUUCCACCAACCCGAACAUCGAGGCUCUGAACGAUCUGAUGGUCGCUGCCGAGCGAGCUGGUAAGAACGGGCCUGAGCUGCAGGCAAUCGAGGAUCAGUGGACCACCCAAGCUGGCCUCAAGCUCUUUGAUGAGGCGGUGAUCGAUGCGAUCAAUGCCGGUGCUCACUCAAACAAAGAGAGUCUGAUUGAGCAGUACCGCGAGGCCGCCAAGGGCAAGAGCAACACUGAGGCUCGUGCCAUUGCCAAGGGUCUCAUCGGCGCCGACGUUUACUGGAAUUGGGAAGCCCCCCGUACCCGGGAGGGUUUCUACCGGUACCAAGGUGGCACACAGUGUGCUAUCAACCGUGCCGUGGCUUAUGCUCCUUUCGCCGACUUGAUCUGGAUGGAGAGUAAGCUGCCUGAUUACAACCAGGCCAAGGAGUUUGCUGAUGGCGUUCACGCUGUCUGGCCCGAGCAGAAGCUCGCUUAUAAUCUCUCACCCUCCUUCAACUGGAAGAAGGCAAUGCCCCGUGACGAGCAAGAGACCUACAUCAAGCGCCUGGGACAGUUGGGAUACUGCUGGCAGUUCAUCACCCUGGCUGGUCUGCACACGACCGCUCUUAUCUCUCACCAGUUCGCCAAGGCCUACGCGCAGAAUGGAAUGCGUGCCUACGGUGAGAUGGUCCAAGAGCCCGAGAUGGAGCAGGGCGUCGAUGUGGUCACACACCAGAAAUGGAGUGGCGCCAACUAUGUCGAUAAUCUGCUCAAGAUGGUCUCGGGCGGUGUUAGCAGUACGGCUGCAAUGGGUAAAGGUGUGACUGAAGAUCAAUUCAAAAACUAG